GGGGGAGCCGCCCCCCAGCCCUGGCUUCUCCUACAGUUUCUUCCAGUCUCAGCGCUCAACUCCGGCGAGGCUGGAGCGCGGCGCGGCGCUGGGCAGGGCGGGCUCCGCCGCCUGCUCCCGGGGCUCCGCCGCCCGCUCCCGGGGCUCUGCUGCCGGCUCCCGGGGCUCCGCUCCGCAGCGGAGGCGGCGGGGAAGCGGCACGAGUGCGCGGCGCCUCCGCAGCAUCUCGGCUUCUGAUGCCCCUUCGCGCCCGCACGCCAGCCCGGCGGCCGCGGCUCCGGGAGGAUGCGGCUCUUCCUCCUCGCUGCAACUUUCUGGGGAUUGUGCCUGGCUCCAGGUUUGGGUUUGCAAAUACAGUGUUACCAGUGUGAGGAGUUCCAGCUAAACAAUGACUGCUCCUCUCCGGAGUUCAUCGUGAAUUGUACAGUGAAUGUUCAAGAUAUGUGUCAGAAAGAAGUAAUGGAAAAAAGUUUUGGAAUCAUGUACCGCAAGUCCUGCGCCUCCUCGGCCGCGUGUCUGAUCGCCUCCGCCGGCUACCAGUCCUUCUGCUCCCCUGGCAAGGUCAACUCCGUCUGCAUCAGCUGCUGCAACACUCCCCUCUGCAAUGGACCGCGGCCCAAGAAGAGGGGGAACUCUGCUGCGGUGCCCAGGGCACACAUGACAACCACUCUUCUGCUCCUUAAAUUUGCUCUGUUGUUUUUGUACUGCUAAACUUCAAGCAAGUUGGUUUGUUUGUUUUUUUUUUCCCUGACACAAUUUGUUCUGCAUCCUUCUUUCUUCAAAGACGCUGCAAUUAUUUUCUGUUUGUUUCCAAAUCCCUGUCAAGAGCAAGGGAAGUUCAGUGGCUGUGUGGAGAAGAGGGGCUGAUAUUUUUGUCAGCUAAUGAGUUCAGUUAGCAGAUUGAAUUUCCAGUGUGCACUUAAAAAUCCCAGCAGGAUACAGACCUCCUGUUCCUUUUGCAUAACUGGAAACAAAUCCAUCCGUGUUAUUCUUUUUGCGAUGUUGUCACUUUCCUGGGUCAUUUCAAUUUCCAUGUUUUUAAGCUCAUU